GCUAUUUCUGUUAUAUCAUUUUUGUUUUGGAAAAUGACUUUUUAAAAUUAUAAAAGAUUUACCGUGAAAUAAAAGGAAUGUAUCAAAAUCGAUCGCUUUCAUCUUUCCCGAUAAUUAACCUUCCAUCCACACAUCAAACCGUCUAAUUAUGUACUUCCUCGUCCGCUCUUAACCUUCAAUUUCUUUUUAUUUUUAUUUUCCCGUUGUCAGUAAGCUCCUUCCUUUUUUAUUUCUUCUUUUUCUUUGAUUUUCCCGUUUGUUAGGAAGCUCCUUCCGUUUUCCUCGCCAUAGCCAAACUUCCAACCCCAUCGAUACGACACCAUUGAGCUGUGACGAAAUGGAAGAUCGCCACCUGCCAACGGAGGUGACGCACAGAAGAAGAAGAAGAAGAAGAAGUUCCUCUUACUGAAACGGAGUCCCUAGGGAACCCGACGGCCAGCGGAGGCGACGGACUGCCACCGCCAAACGAAGCCAUGGAAUUUCCAUUGCUUCGGGUGAACGAUUCUCUGCUGAGCUGUUUGAUUGUUGAGGAAGUGCACCUCACUGCAACAGGAAGAAACAGUACUAAUGAGACAGGGAAUGCAACAAGACAUGGAGAGAUGGAAGCUCUUGAUGUUUUUAUUGAAGAGAGGACUGGAUUUUCAUCUGCAGAAGUUGCAGAGAAGUUUUCAGCAUGCUCCCUUUAUGUGACAUGUGAAUCCUGCAUAAUGUGUGCAGCAGCAAAAUCAAUAAUUGGCAACAAGACUUGCAGAGAUGGACACUCUUCAUGUUCUUCUUGAACAGUGGCAGAGCACAGGAUUUUAGGCAGCAGAAGUUGCAGAAAUGUUUUUAGCAUGCUCCCUUUAUGUGACAUGGGAACCGUGCAUAAUGUAUGCAGCAGCAUUAUCAAUCAUUGGUAUGUCUGUUGAUCAUACUAAAAUAGAACUAAACUUUCCUAAAAUUUGUUUGUUCAUAAAUGAUUAGAUGACUCUUAGCCACUUUUAGGUAUAAAGAAGUAUAUUAUGGCCUUGCAAAUGAUAAAAUUGGAGGCUGCGACUCGAUGCUGUUGUUGCAUUCAAGUACCUCUGAGGCAUGCAUUAGGUCAGUUUCUGAACUUGCUUUCGUUGCUGAUUUUGUAUCUGCUAAGCUCCACUUUGAAAUUGUGACAUAUGAUAAUUGACAACUCAAGCUUACUGGAGUUUUAUGAUUCCUUAUGUUGAUUACUGAUGGAUGCGGUUUCGUAGUGAUUCUAUUUGCUGUUGCACCUUGAAUAUUGCAACACAUAACCUCUCGGAGUUUCUGAAGCCUCAAGAAGUCGAGUUUAUAUCAAUUCUUUCUAUCCUCGCUUUAUUUCCUUUUUCUUAAAGUCUUUAUGAUUGGUUAAACAUUUUCCUUUUGUUAAUUUCCACUGAAAAGUUUACAGUUCUGGGAAGUGCUACAACUGACAUUAGUUUGUUCUUUCCUUGUCCCUUUGUCCCCUGUUUCUUCAUCUCUUCUUCCUCGCUUGUUUUCAGUGCAGUGAGAUUCUUUGAUGUCUUAAUGUUAUCAAGAUUAGAUCAGGAAAUAUAGUUUCUUCAAAUAAAUAUGAUUUUGUGACUAUGAGCAAAUUAUGCUUUCUGAUAUGCCAUGGGCAAUGUACUUGAACUUCUUGCAUACAUGAGGGCAAGUGCUCGCUAAAUUGUGGUGUAUGGCUUGUGUUUUGAGGAAGAUUUAUUAUCUAACAUUUCAUGUUUUCUAAGGUUGUGCAAAACUCAUCAAUUUUUUAUUCAGACUUUGUUGACAUAAACUUAAAACGUAGUGAAAUAGGAUCUGUUUGAAUGUGAUAUGAAGUAUCUAAUCUAGAUUAUGAGAUGAUCUCUCUGUUGAAGUAUUAGUUUUGAAAGAGGAAGCUCAAGUACAUGGGGUAAGAAGCAUGAGACGUACCAAGGGAUGCAUCUAAACAAAAAAGUUCAGUGGGAAAAAAAAAAACCAUGAAAACUGACUUUUAGAGCAUGAAAUACAUAGAUAUGCUGCUGUUAAUAAUCUGAUUAUGAGUCAAAACUAUCGUGGGAAACAUGACCUGGCUCAUUACCUUUCUGAAUACAACAUCAAGCAAGGAGACUCAUCUCGCAGAUAGAGGACCACCUUGCUCAAUUUCCUCUCUUUGGAGCUCAAAAACUAGGCCAAUGUACUGCAUAGUUUCAUGAUAGAACGAGACUGUUAUAACAGUGAGCAUGGUUCCUGUGCGAUGUUUGGAAGAUGUAACUGAUUGAAACGCCCCCUAGCCAGUACUAGUACACAAGCCAUCCACAAAUCUUCUCUCAAUCAGAUCACUGUUGCAAGAUUACUCUGAAGAGAAGUUGCCCAUCCAAAUCAAAAGCCUCUAAGUAUCACCCAGUUUACAGCAUGUUGUUUGUUCUCCAAGGACAUUAGGAUCCAUGUUGAAGAGAAAAUAUAGAACAACCCAAAGGCAUCAUGAAAGUUAAAAAUUUUAAGCCAUAGUUACCCCAAACACCCACUCUUUUAUAUUUGAUGCAAAUAUUUUGCCAAGGUCAAUGCCUAGUUACUGUCAAGUUAAUCAAAUGGUACAAUUCAUAGAUGAUUUGCUUGCGUGAAAACCUAUUAUCUGGACUACAUACAUUUCUUAGAAUUGAUAUUCUCAAGACCGAUAUGUAAAAUUCCUAGCUAAACACAUUCUCCCACUGGUGAACUUGUUUUUGUUUAAAUAAUAACUUCUUUUGCAAAUUGCUUUGUCAAUUAGUCUGCUAUAUUAUCUCUAGCAUGAUAUUUGAACAUGUCUUGCGAAUGGAAUUUGUCUCAGGUUUCAAGCUGAUGAGCUAGGC